AUGCUUGCUCUUUGUAAAGCAUUAAACAAAGAAAGAAUUCUUUAGUUCUUUUUGAUAAUAGAUGGCUUAAUAGUACAUAUGUAGACUUACGUAACUUAAGACUUUAGCUUUUUGGUUAUCGGCCUAACUUUAGCAUGCUUUCAUUUGAUUAUACUUUGUUUCGAGUACAUGUGUUAAAAGAAAUCUAACUUAAUCUUGUUAAUAUGUUUGAUUAAAGGAGUUGUAAUCAUAGGAGUGUCUUAUCUACUAAUGCCUUAAUGGUAAAUUUAUACUGGGAUUUAGAUAGUGUUGAUCAUUCAACUGAACGAAUAGUAUUUAAAAUUAACAACACUGUUUUUCUUUUUAGCAUGUAUUCCAUGCAUUUGCUUCGGAAAUGUUUCUGAAAUUACAGUGGGAAUUUUGAGAGCAGUAGUUAAUUUCUUUUUGAUUCUCCAAAUUUACAAAAAGAAAGGAAAUCAAUCCUUUAUCAACAUAAAGAGUCUUUUAUCCUAAAUUUCAUCUGAGGAGUUUUGUAUAUUGGAUAUGUAAUACAAUCCAGUUUAUGAAUCCAAAUUAUUUUAUUCAAUCAUAAAAGAGUAGGUUAUGAAUAUAUCUGAUCAUUAUUAAAGCAGAAUUUUAACACCCAGAGAUUAAACAACAAAUCUUGUGAGAUAAUCAAAUUGCUUGGAAAAUAUCACAACAAGACCUUCAUUAUUGAUUGGCGAUAUAAUUGAUUAAUUAAAAAAGAAAAUUCUUAAAUUAGAUCAAAAAUUAAUUUUCGAGCCAACAAACACUUCCCUUUACUAAGUGAGUGUUUAAAAAUUACUCAUAGAAAACCAAGAAUUUAUAUUGCUCAUCAAACAUAAGUUAUGCAACAUUGAGUCAUUCAAACUGUAAUCACAACAACAAAAGGAAUAAGUUUAAACAAUGAUUAAAACACUACACAAAGUUUCACAUGAUAUGAGAAAUCCCUUGAAUGCAAUAAUUAAUAUGCAAAUGUGUUUGUCAGAAUUGAUAGACCCUUCCCUCUUUCAAAAAUUCUUAAAACCUUCUCUAAAUUCGUGUCAUCUACUCUUAAAUUUAAUAAAUGAUAUUUUGGAUGCAGCUCAAAUCGAAAAUAAAACCAUAAGAAUUGUGUGUCGUAAGUUCAAUCUAGCCAAGUUAAUAGACAAAACAAUAUCCCUCUUUGAUUUACUUAAAGAGAAAAAGGGACUCAAUAUCACUUUUAAUUAUGACCCAAAGUUGCCACUCAAAAUAAAUUCAGAUAAACUACGAAUUAGAUAAAUCAUAAUGAAUUUAUUGAGUAAUGCUGUCAAAUAUACUUAACCAAAAGGAUCCAUUUUAAUAGAAUGUAUUUAAAGCGGGGAAAAGUCAAAUUCAAUUAUUAUUUCGGUUUAGGAUUCUGGAAUGGGAAUCAAGUCAGAAAAUCUGAAAAAGCUCUUUCAAGAAUUCUCUAAAGUGAAUGAUUUGGAAAAUUAAAAAGCCAAUCCCUUUGGAAUAGGAUUAGGUCUAAUGAUUAGUAAUGAAUUAGCCAAAUUACUGUCUACAAAUCAUUCAAUGGGAAUUUAGGUUCAGUCAGAAUAUGGUACUGGAUCUAAAUUUUAUUUUGAAAUCGAAAAUGAAGAGCAACCUCCUGAAGACAUUUCGGAUUCAUAGGUAUCUCAAAAAUUAGCUUAGAGAAUACCAACAUUAGAAUUUAGAAUCCUUUAAAACAUAAUCUAAUAAAAAUCACCCACAGUUUCAAUUGCCAUUCCUAUGGGAGAGAGUAGCAAAAGAAUUAUUUAAAAAAAGAAUCUAAAGGCUAUAAAUUUCAUGACUAGCUCAUUAAAUUACUAGGCAACUCUGAGGAUUAGAAAUGAGUCAGAAAGAAAUUUGUCAAAUAAACCAUCUAUUCAAAGUCGUUUAAUUCAAAAUCUAUUAUAAAAAUGGAAUGAAUUAACAUAGCAACAUCCUCCAAUUCUAAUUGUUGAUGAUAAUGAAUUUAAUAUUGUAGCAUUAUAAUAUUUAUUAGAAUUAAGUGGAAUCAGUUCAGAUUCUGCUAUGAAUGGGAUUAUCUCAAUAGAGAAGGUAAAUGAUAGAUUGAAAGAUAACAUCCCCUUUUAAUUAAUAUUUAUGGAUUUGGAAAUGCCACUCAUGCUUGGUGUAGAGGCUUCGACUCGGAUUCGCAAAUUAGAUAGAAAUGUUACAAUUAUAGCAUGUUCUGGUCAUAAAUUAACAUAAGAAAUAGUCGAAUAAUUCAAGGAUUGUGGAAUAGCUUUUGGUGUUGAAAAACCAAUCACAAAGAUAAAAUUAAAAGAUUUGCUUUUAAAACUAUCUGAUGGAAUCAGAUGUGAUAGUUCUUAAUUUUCUUAGUUAUUUUGA